CCAUUUCUUGAACUCGUCAUCUUUGGAAAUCAAAACAUUUAUCCUUUCUACAUCCUUUAUAAUUGAUCCGUGACAUCGAAUAUUUUGCUGAUUAAGGUUCCAAAUCCAUUGAGCGGAAUACUAGCAAUCAGGCGUCUGAUCUAGAGCUAUUUGUUUCGGCCUGUCCAAGAUGUCGGCAUCACUUGCACCAGAGUGUAAUGAAGUGAAGGAGCGCUACGAUACUUGCUUUUUAAAGUGGUAUAGCGAGAAGUAUCUUCGUGGAGCAGAGAAGGACAACAAGGAAUGUGCUGGCCUAUUCAAUGAGUAUCAAAAGUGCCUAAGCGUUGCACUAAAAGACCGAGGAAUAGAUAAGCUUCUUGACGAGGCUCGGGAAGACAAUAAGGAAAACGACGUAAGGUUAACGGCGCCCAGGAAAUAAUAAUGUUUGAUUCGAUGUUUGGAAAGAAGGGGGCUUGUAUCCAUGGAAAAGGCCGAGAUGCGCUGGCCUGCAGAGCGGCUUAGACCUGGAAUCUCGUAUUUGCAGCUCAUAUCUGUACAUAUAAAUGUCGCAACGGCGUUUUCUGACAUGUUGUAAAUUGACAAUCUGCAUGCUCCAAGGCGCAUGUCCAGCCCAAACAAUCCAUUUCUGGUCCAUUUCUGGGCCGCAGCCGUCGUGAUAUACGCAAGCAGAGGAUACGUCGUCAAUUACAAGCCACGUGAUUCGCUGCCCGGCCACCGAAGC